GAUGUUCGUCCAUGCAGAACAUCUCGCUAUUAUAUAAAAAAAACUCUGCGCUGCUAGCCGUCUAUAGUCGUUGCCGACAUCGCAUCAUAACCACGCGCUAAAAAGUAUCUGCUGCCGAAUCAGAGGAAGGAAUAUCAAGGAAAAUGAAGAUAUUAGUAAUCCUACUAUUGGUAGGCGCGACAUACGCUGAUGACAGUGUCUUCAGCAGAAUUCGUGAUGGUGGAUAUGGAAGGAGGUAUGACCAUAGACCUGUGAUACGUCAUGACGUCAUCCGAGAUGACUGUUAUCCAAACCCCUGUCGCAAUCACGGAGUGUGUCUGACUAGCUCGUCCUCCGGUUGGGACCGCAGCUGGGGAUCCGUUAACUACUACUGCAAGUGUCCCCGUGGCUACAGCGGCAGGCAAUGUGAACAUUAUGAAAGUCAAGAUUACUGCUAUCCAAACCCCUGUCUCAAUGGUGGAGUGUGUCUGACUAGCUCGUCCAACGGCUGGGACCGCAGCUGGGGAUCCGUUGACUACUACUGCAAGUGCCCCCAUGGCUACAGCGGCAAAAGAUGUGGACAAUAUCAACCACCUCAAGAUUACUGUUAUCCAAACCCAUGUCUCAAUCACGGAGUGUGUCUGACUAGCUCGUCCAACGGCUGGGACCGCAGCUGGGGAUCCGUUGACUACUACUGCAAGUGUCCCCGUGACUACAGCGGCACAAGGUGUGAACGCUAUGAAAGUUCAAAUCCAGUUUCAGAUUACUGCCACCGAAACAACCCCUGCCGCAAUGGGGGAGUAUGUCUAACUAGCUCUUCCAGAGACUGGGAUCCCAGAUGGGGAGCUAUUGACUUCUACUGCAGGUGUCCCACUGGAUAUAGCGGCACAAGGUGUGAACGCGAUGAAAGUUCAAAUUCAGAUUACUGUUAUUCAAACCCCUGUCGCAAUGGUGGAGUAUGUCUGACUAGCUCGUCCCACGGUUGGGACCGCAGCUGGGGAUCCGUUAACUUCUACUGCAAGUGUCCCCGUGACUACAGCGGCACAAGGUGUGAACGCUAUGAAAGUUCAAAUCCAGAUUACUGUCAUCCAAACCCCUGUCGCAAUGGUGGAGUAUGUCUGACUAGUUCGUCCAACGGAUGGGACCGCAGCUGGGGAUCCGUUAACUUCUACUGCAAGUGUCCCCGUGACUACAGCGGAAGGCAUUGUGAACAUUAUGAAAGUCAAGAUUACGUGUCCAUCUCAAAACCCUGUCGCAAUGUGGAGUAUGUCUGA